GUUACAUGACGUUGUUGUUCUAGCGACCUCGGUUGGCAACCCAAAAUGGCACGCUUUUGGCUACCUGAAUAAGGUGUAUAUUCUUGGGCUAAAGCGGCGCGGUUCUAGCGCCAGAGUAUUUACGUAAUAAAGCAGACGAACAGUUGUAACUUGAAUCAUUUAAUAAUUAUUAAAGAUCCGUCGUUUUGCAAAAUGUCAAGAAGUGUGUGGUCAAAGGUUUUCGCCAAUUUCGUCAAUUCUUUAAGACCCCGCCAAACUAAGGGCAAUCUUAUGGGUGAAGACUACAUGUUCAACAAAUAUUAUGAAAUACCUGCAAAUCCCAAAAUUGGGAAAAGAAACCCAUCCCGUUGGUUUGUUCCUAUUGAAAAGGAUAACUUUGAACAGGAAUUACCUGCUGAAUGGGAGGCUUGGCUUAGAGGAAGAAGGAAAGAAGUUCCAAAUACUGAAGAAGUCCUUAAAAAUUUGGGAAUUAUGCAAAUAAAGAAAAUCAAUGCCAAAAAAGUGGCUAUUGAAAAUCCAUUUGUUCAUGAAGAAAGUGAGCUUCCUGCACCAACAUCCAAAUUCCCUGUUCUCAAAGAUUAUGAACUACCAGAUCAGAUGAUGAGAAAAAAGACAUAGUUUCUUUUGUUGUUGCUAUUUGUGAUUCAUUAGUUGUAUGUGAAUGCUAAUAGAUUCAUUUAUAAAUGAA